AUGAGCCCCCUUCGAUGGGGCCUUCUGCUCGGCUGCCUGGGCUGUGCGCUCCCACCCCGUGUGCGGGCGCAGUUCCCCCGGGUCUGCAUGACGGUGGGCAGCCUGCAGGCCAAGGAGUGCUGCCCGCCACUGGGCGCCGACACGGACGACGUCUGUGGCUCUCGGGAGGGCCGGGGCCAGUGCGCGGAGGUGCAGACCGACACCAGGCCCUGGAGCGGCCCUUACGUCCUGCACAACCAGGACGACCGAGAGCGGUGGCCACGGAAGUUCUUCGACCGGACCUGCAGGUGCACAGGAAACUUUGCCGGCUAUAACUGUGGAGACUGCAAGUUUGGCUGGACUGGCCCCAACUGCGAUCAGAAGAAACCCCUGGUUGUCCGGCAGAAUAUCCACUCCUUGACCCCUCAGGAGCGCGAGCAGUUCUUGGGCUCCUUAGACCUCGCAAAGAACACGCCGCAUCCCGACUACGUGAUCACCACGCAACACUGGCUAGGCCUGCUCGGGACCAACGGGACCCAGCCACAGAUCGCCAACUGCAGCAUUUAUGAUUUCUUUGUGUGGCUCCAUUAUUAUUCCGUUAGAGAUACAUUAUUAGGACCAGGGCGCCCAUACAAGGCCAUAGAUUUCUCACACCAAGGCCCUGCCUUCGUUACCUGGCACCGCUACCAUUUGUUGUGGCUGGAAAGAGAUCUCCAGCGCCUCACUGGCAAUGAGUCCUUUGCUUUGCCCUACUGGAACUUUGCCACCGGGAGGAAUGAGUGUGACGUGUGUACAGACCAGCUGCUUGGGGCUGCAAGACAAGAUGAUCCGACUCUGAUUAGUCAAAACUCCAGAUUCUCAAGCUGGGAAAUUGUCUGUGACAGCUUGGAUGACUACAACCGCCGGGUCACCCUGUGUAAUGGAACGUAUGAAGGUUUGUUGAGAAGAAAUCAAGUGGGAAGAAACAGUGAGAAAUUGCCAACUUUAAAAGACAUACGAGAUUGCCUGUCUCUCAAGAAGUUUGACAAUCCUCCUUUCUUCCAGAACUCUACCUUCAGCUUCAGGAAUGCCCUGGAAGGAUUUGAUAAAGCAGACGGGACCCUGGACUCUCAAGUGAUGAACCUUCAUAAUUUGGUUCAUUCCUUCCUGAACGGGACAAAUGCUUUGCCACAUUCUGCUGCCAAUGAUCCUGUUUUUGUGGUAUGCCCAACCCCAUUUCAUUUUCGAGAAAGUUCCAAUCAGAUUGGUCUGAUUGGAACAGACCUAUCAAUGUUAACACUGUGUUCAACUGUCUUGCAGGUCCUUCAUUCCUUUACUGAUGCCGUUUUUGACGAGUGGAUGAAAAGGUUCAAUCCCCCUGCGGAUGCCUGGCCUCAGGAGCUGGCACCCAUUGGUCACAAUCGGAUGUAUAACAUGGUUCCUUUCUUCCCUCCGGUGACUAAUGAGGAACUCUUUUUAACUGCAGACCAGCUUGGCUAUAGCUAUGCCAUUGAUCUGCCAGUUUCAGUUGAAGAAACUUCAGAUUGGACCACAACCCUCUCAGUGGUUAUGGGGAUGCUGGUGGUUUUCGUUGGUCUUUUUGCACUGUUGCUUUUCCUUCAAUACAGAAGACUUCAAAAAGGAUAUACACCCUUAAUGGAGACACAAUUAAGCAACAAGAGAUACACAGAAGAAGCCUAG